GUUUCAUUCCAGAUUCGAUCCGCUGAACACCGGUUAGCACACACGCUAACGUGACUGUAGCUCAUUUCACCCCUGAUAAACUCAUUCUCCUGAAUGCAGAGAUCUAUCUCAGGCUGUAUUGAGGUGAAUCACUGAGUCGAUAGCAGCAGUCAGACAUCAGGAUGUUCAACCCUCAUCAGCACCAGCAGCAGUUUCAUCAGCACCUGCGACAGCUGCAGCAGCUCUUUCAGCAGCAGACACCUCCACCACCUCCACCUCCUCCACCACCGCCACAACCUCCACCUGCUCAUCACAUCACACAUCACCAUCAGACUGCACGGUCUAUAGCUGUGCCCGCCCCUGCACCCCCUCCUGCCCGCAUGGUAAACCUCUGCUCAGCCACUCAAACCAUCAUUGCACCCAAUCCCAUGCUGCAGGGGGCGCUACUCAUGCAACAGAUGCAGGCGGGCAGCAUGCGAGGGUUUGCCAUGGGUGGACAGCAGUUCCCUCAGUUCUUCACUCCUGGAUCCAGAACAUCUCUCCUCGGGCCCGUCCCAAUGGGAGUGGCCAUCAAAACUCCACACAUGGGAUUCCCACGACAUUUCACCCCACAUGCACGCUACUUCAGCAAUGAUUAUCAGUCACGUCAGCCAGACAGGAAAAGGGAAAGCGAGCAUAAAUCUGCUGUGAGCAACGACAGUCAGUCAGAAGCGAGCAGCAGCAGAGCAGCAGAUGAAGCUGCAGGUGUUGCAGAUCCAGGUUGUCAAUCAUCUUCAGAACCGCUCGAUGAACCAGCAGCCAAAAAACAGAAAACAGACGGGUCAGAGGAGCUUGUGGAGACAGAAUCGGCUCAAAUCAGUGAAUAUAAAAGUCCAGAUCCAGCAGAGUGUCCACUGCAGGAAGCAGGCAGUAUGGAUGGCCCAGUGGCUGCUGAGGCAGAUGAACAGAGUCGAGUGGCCAAGCAGGUUGAAAGUACAGAAGCGCCAAUUCAAGACAAGAUCGUUCAAGAGCAUGAGAACAGUGAUGACAUCACAGACUCUGACACAGUCACUGAAAUCAAGGAGACUUCACUCACUGCCAGAGGUCAGGAGGAGGUCAAAGAUGGAGGAGGAGAGACCGCCAGCAAGUUCUUCUGCUACAUUUGCAACAUCACAUGCCAUAACCAGCAAAAUUUCCAGAGCCAUAUGAACGGACUGACGCACCAGCAGAAGAUGAUGGAGAUCCAGCACAUGAGCAAUGCGUGUCUCGUCACACUGCUGCCACGAGUCCAAGAGUCUCUGCAAGGAGCUCGUAAAGAUGGAGAGAAGAGACCAGGCCUGCAGAGAUGGUGCUCCACCUGCCAAACUCACUUCACCACCAAUGUCAUGGACCAUCGCAGAACUAAGGAGCACAAGCGCUGUAGUCGCUCGUCCUGCACCAGCUGUACUGUCUGUAAGCACGACUUUAGGACGCCCCGAGAGUUUGUGGAGCACAUGCAGUCGACAGAGCAUAAACAAAGAGUCGAGCAGCUGUGGAAGGAGUCGGGAAAAGACGGCAUGGAUGAGCUGAACACAGAGUCGUUUUUGGGCGAUGAGGACGGUGAUUUCACCGAUGAUGAGAGAGAGGAAGAGGAAAACGGGAAGGAGGGUUUGUCUGCACAGAUGGAGGUCACACUAGAAGAUAUGACUGAAGACGAGGAGUUUGACCCGGACACCGUAUACGGAUCUAGUUUUGUGGUUCCUGUCGCUGGGUUUCUCUGUCGACUCUGCAAUCAUUUCUAUCAUUUUGAGUCCUCAGCUCGACACGCUCACUGCAAAACACUCAAACACUUUCACAAUCUGAAGAGUUAUAAAGCCUUAAAAACACAUGAAGAUGCUGGUUCAACUUCAGCAGCACCAGCAGACCAUCACAGUCCAGAUCAAACCAGCACCAGAGAACCUCCGUUUACCUCACCAGAAUCUCUCAACCCAAAACCAGCCCUCCAAAUGCCAUGGUCCAGCUGCAGUAGCUCACUUCCUGUCCUCAGUAUCAGCAGCAACCCGGAAACUAACCGGACACCAAACCAGCAGCCAAAGCAGGACGACUGUCUCACAGGUGUGGCGCACUCUACUCCUCCCUGCCAAUCUGGAGAGGAAGCAGAAGAUGAACCAAUCACAGGACAGCCUGAGGAGGAGGAGGAGGAGGAGGAGGAGGGCGGUGGCAUUAUCUCAGAGGGGCGAGGCGUCAAGGGUCGUGACCGGACUCUGGCUAAGAGACGAGGACGAGGAGGGAGACGACGCUGAGAUUGAACUGCUAUCAACCCUGAGAGAUGGCUCACAGGACCCUAGUGAAAACACCCCUCAGUAGACAACAGUUUGUGCCACAAUUUUGAGCCUCUAACCCUGUUUGUGUGAAGAACCUCUCAGAGCAGAUGAAGGAAGUGUGCGGGAACUUUGACUCGACCUGAGGGGGGGAAUCUCACAAAAACGUGUGAGCACACGUGUCCAGGUCAUAUUAUAUGCCAAAAUAAGAGUAAUAAGAAAAUAAAGCCUGUAUUUAUUUAUUUUUUUGCAUGAUGUUAUUGUCAUUAAUAUCAUGACCUAACAUGUUUCCCGCCCAAUUCAUGACCACAUGAUGCAAAUAAAAUUUCAUCCUCAGUUCAGUAACAUGAAAAAAAAAAAAAAACGUCAUUUUUUUAUAACAUUUAAGCGUAACAUUAAGAAAUUUCAUUCUCAAUACUGUAAUAGGAAAACAUUGAAGAAACGGUCAAGAAAUCUGUAUUCCGACAGGAUGAUUGUCAUUACCGUAUUACAGUAAUGCAAAUAAGAUUUUUGUGCAUAACAGUAAUGAGGAUUGAGGGAAAAUGUGCUAAAUUGUCAGAAUGUAAUUUCUUUAAUGGUUUUCAAAACAGGCUUCAUUAUCUGAAAUAUGACCUGGACAUGUUAUUGGUGAGAUUCACCCUCACUGAUGAGUGACGUUUGACCCACAGGUUUGUAGUGAAUGUAGCAGCAUCGUCAAAUGUUUUAAAAUGAAGGUAGACAAACCUUAUUUGUUGCUCUUUUGAUAUUUAUGGUCUUGAAUUAGUACAUUAAUGAAUGGCAAAGACAGCGGAAGAACUGAACUGUGUCAUUUCAACACUCAAUCCGUAAAGUUAUCUGUGGAAAACAAGCACUGAAUUAUUAUCUUGAUGUUAUUUUGUUACUUCAUUAAGAUGUUAUAAAUUACUUAUAAAAUGGUUGGAUGGAGCAGCUGUUUUAGUUUGAAAAGCAUCAUUAAACCAGCACUAACCGUGUUUUGUAGCUGUUGUCCCAGUGAGCAGCAUUUCAAGCAUCGGGCCAGUCCAACUUCCUGUGUGACUGUUUUCAGGUGGCAUCUCAUAACUGAAUGGUGAAUAUUUCUGCUUGAUGAAACUUUAGGUCAGAUGGUGAGUUAUGUUAUUAUAUCAGUUGUGUUUUCUUCUUUAUUUUGAUUGUCUGUAGGGUGUAGAGACCUCCAUCCUCUUGUUUGUACUGAAACCCACCAAUCGCACACAUGACGUACAUUGUGUGUGACAAAUUAAAGUGUAAAAAUCCUCAAAAACACAGUUGGUUUAAAGUGACAGUUCAUGUGGAAAUUAAAGUUCUGUCAUCAUUUACUCAGCCACAUGUUGUUCCAAACCCAUAUAACAAAAGGAGAUUAUUAGGCUGAAUGUUUGAGUCAAGAGCAGUAGCGGUUCUAGCUUGUAAAGUGCCCUGGGCGAAACCCGCUUCGACGCCCCCAAAGUUGUUGACGGGGGGGUGAUUGUGCCGCCCUGGGCAACUGUCCAUGUCGCCCAUGCCUAAAUCCACCACUGGUCAAGAGGAGCGUAAACAUUCUUCAGAAUGUUCGUUUUUCAUGGAAGAAAGAAAGUCAAAUGGGUUUGGAUCUGAUAUAUUCUGAAUGUUCCUAGCAGGUAUGUAUUUUGAGGAUUGGACAUAUUAAAGGGUGUUCUUCAGUUGUUUUAGCACCUGUGAACUCCGUUUAGGAACGGUUCAUUUCAGUGAAACGCUCAUGGCAUUUGACUUGUGUUUUUGGGUAAUCCCAUUAAAUAUGUCAAGAAUGUGCAGGUCAGACAGUAUUUCACCACAAAAUAAAAAGACGUUGUAUUUUGCAUGAAGACAAUAAGUCUGUAUUUGGGACUGUUGCGACUUUUUGCAUUUUGACAUUUUCAUGGAGAAGCAGCACAUUAUUGAAAAAAUAUUCAUCAUGGUAGUAUUUGUUAUUCGGCCUUCAAUGCUGAUUUUAUUACAAAUUAUAUUUAAAAAAAAAAAUGCAAUAAUUUUACUCUGAAUAUUACCGUAACUGUGAUAUUUCAUUAAAAAAGAAUCAUCACUGAGAAUAAUAAUAAUGCAAAAACCACAUUACAAUAAUGUGAAUUAGGAGGAAAUUACCAUGAAAAUAAUGCACACAUUUUUAAUGAUCCGAAAUAGGACUAAUUGUUUUAUGCAAAAUUAUUGUUUGAUUUAAAAAAAAAAAAAAAAAAAAAAAAAAAAAAUUUUAGGGUGAAACAUGACCUGG